AUGUCCGUUGCUGACCUUAGCUGGUGGAAAUAUCUGAACUGGAACGUUACUAAAUGUACUAAGUACGAUGACUUGAAUACUGUCUCGUGGACUACUGAUUGUAACUCACAAAGUGCUGCAGUUUUCGGCUCAACGUGCUGGUUGGUCAUAGGCAUCUUGGGUGCAAUUCUAUUGCUUUGCUUAUUAGUUUUUGGAUAUGCAGUUUAUGCAUACAGGCAAGAAAGUAAAACUCUCAGCUAUAAACUCAAGGAGAUGGAAAAGACGCUACGCGCUCAGAAUGAGUUCUUCACAGCUAAACUGCAUGCUCAAAUGGAGGAACAAAUAAAACUUGGUGAAAAACAUGCCGAGGAGUUGAGAAAACACAACGAGGCCAUACAGAUGGCUCAAAUCGAAAUUCAAAGACAACAUCAACUGUCAGCGGUUCCGCCUGUGCAAGCCGCUCAACCUCAACCAAUAAUCAUUCCGUAUCUACCUUCAAAUGCUGGUCAGCUUAAGAAUAAAUAA